CCAAAGGUUGAAGCUCCGAGAUGACUUUGGUCUGUGGUUUAUAGAUCCAGCUGUGAUGGCAUCAGAGGAGGAAUUCAGUCUGCUGGUCAUCGUGGUGGACGUCAAUCCGAUGUGGUGGGGACAGCAAGCUCAGCGCGAGCCCCAGUUCACUCUAUCCAAAUGUUUGGAUGCUGUCAUGGUGAUGGCUAACUCCCAUAUGGCCAUGACCAGGACAAACAAACUGGCUGUCAUUGCUAGUCACUGUCAGGACAGUUAUUUUUUGUAUCCCUGUAAGAGCUGGAAAGCUGAGGAGGCUAGUGCUGAUGAUGUCUCCUCUACUAAUGAUGGAAAAUAUGAACUCCUAUCAGUUACCAAUAAUGUAAUGGCUGAGCAGAUCAGGAACAUUUUGUCCAAAACUGAGGUGAAGGCAAGUUCUACAGACACUUUGUUAGCUGGAUCCCUUGCCAAAGGUCUUUGUUGUAUCCUUUCGUUAACUCUUUUCUUAUCAUUGUGAUCCAUGUCUCAUGUCCAUCCUUGG